AUGGCAACACAAGAAGAUAGAUCACUGUCAUCAGGUGUAUCUUUUCCCAAGUGGAUGAAAAGCAAAAUUAACGACAAGUUUGAUUUGGAUCAAAGCACAUUUUCCCCAACAGAGCUUGAUGACAGUUUUAUGUACUAUUUUCGUCACCCGCAAGCAUCAGCAGAAAGAAGAGGCAGUGGACAAAAAAUUAUUUCUUCCACAGGUGGUGGAACCAAUAUAACUGUUACGAAUGUCACCAAAAAUAAUAGCAAGCAGGACUUUUCCAAACACCCACCACCAUGCCAAAAGUUUAUGCAAAACAGCGAUGGACUGUCUCUAAAUGUAACAUCAGAUGGUAAAGUAAAACCAAAUGGCAUUGAUGAUGGUUUUAAAGGGGAGGCCGCAAAAUGCGGCUCAUCCAUACUAAGGGUCGCUCAGCAAAUGGUUUCUGGCAAAGUCAUCAGUAAUUUCACAUUGGCACAUGGCGAAGACUGUGACCCAGACUUGAAACAUUUUGAUCCCCAAAAACGUAGAGGUAGCAGAUCUUUACCCGCCUCCCCGCUACAGUCUCCAAACAGUUCUCCUAAAAGCAGGAGACGCGUGAACAAAUUCUUCACUAGCGCAUAUGCAGAUAUUGACCAGACUAAGGGCAGUUGGAUUUUGUCAAACCUAAUGGCAAGGAGAACUAUGUCCCAGACAUUUAUUGGGGAAGAAUCUAAGGAAGAAUUGGACAAAGCUUCAUCUAUAUCAACAUCUACACUAAAUGUAGAUGAAAUACCUGCUAAUAAUAACAAUAAGCCCAAUUUAGUAUAUAAGGCAAAACCUUCUGAGUUGAGAGAAAUGAAUUUUUGGUCUCCCACUUCAAUGUAA